AACCCAAGAAAAACUUCAGACACCUUCAAAGGAAAAAAAAUUCCAGAUUUCUUCCUCCCUCCCUUUCUCAAACUCGGUAGAAAUCCCAGCCCAACUCAGCACCGAUCCGAGUUAACUGACUCCAGAGCCGAUUUCCAUGGCUUCGGAGCUGAUCUUCAGAGGCCACGAAGAAUCUCACCUGAAAUCCGAACCAUACUCACCCAAACCUCAAAAACCAUGGUUCAACGUCACUCGUCCUAUUCACUACCUUCUUCGCGAACAACGCAUCGUCUUUCUCUUUCUCGGCAUUGCCAUUGCCACUCUCAUUUUCUCUCUCCUCCCAAUCUCAACAACAACAACAACAACAACCCGCGUUGGCAACAACUAUAACAACAUGCAGGAGUCAAUCGGGGGAGAAUCGUUCCUUAGCAGCGAGUCAACUCGUAUGUUAAGUCACCGAGUUACGGAUGGAUUCCGAUCUGGGAAAGUUCCGCUGGGGCUGAAACGAAAAGGCUUGCGGAUAGUUGUGACUGGUGGGGCCGGGUUUGUCGGGUCACACCUUGUGGACCGUCUCAUUGCGAGAGGUGAUAGCGUCAUUGUAGUGGAUAAUUUCUUCACUGGGAGGAAAGAGAAUGUGAUGCAUCAUUUUGGAAACCCUAGGUUUGAGUUGAUCCGACACGACGUCGUUGAACCUUUGUUGUUAGAAGUUGAUCAGAUCUAUCAUUUGGCUUGCCCUGCUUCCCCUGUUCAUUACAAGCACAACCCCGUCAAAACUAUCAUAUCAAAUGUGGUGGGAACAUUGAACAUGCUAGGAUUAGCAAAGAGAGUAGGUGCAAGGUUUCUUCUAACAAGUACCAGUGAAGUUUAUGGUGACCCAUUGGAGCACCCUCAGAAAGAGACUUACUGGGGCAACGUUAAUCCCAUUGGUGUUCGAAGUUGUUAUGAUGAGGGAAAGCGUACGGCAGAGACAUUGGCCAUGGACUACCACCGAGGCGCUGAUGUCGAGGUGAGAAUUGCUAGGAUUUUCAACACUUAUGGGCCUCGGAUGUGCAUUGAUGAUGGUCGCGUUGUUAGCAACUUUGUUGCACAGGCGCUGAGGAAAGUUCCCAUGACUGUUUAUGGUGAUGGUAAGCAGACCAGGAGUUUCCAGUUUGUUUCUGACUUGGUUGAGGGUCUAAUGCGCCUUAUGGAAGGUGAACAUGUGGGUCCUUUUAAUCUAGGGAACCCUGGUGAAUUUACCAUGCUUGAACUUGCCAAGGUGGUCCAGGAAACAAUAGAUCCAAAUGCAAAGAUAGAAUUUAAACCUAACACAGAGGAUGAUCCCCACAAGAGGAAGCCUGACAUCUCUAAGGCGAAAGAGUUGCUCGGCUGGGAGCCUAAGAUCGCACUUCGAAAAGGUCUACCUAUGAUGGUUUCCGACUUCAGGCAGCGUAUUUUUGGUGACCAGAAGGGAGGAGAUACCACCGCGUUCUAAGAUCUCUUCGACUUUUGUGUCUUUAGGAGCGAUUCUGGCACAAAAAGAUCUCGGCUCCAUUUCUCCCCUAACUAUCUCUCUACUGUAUACCAUCGCAAGGCUCGAGUAGUAUCUCAAGGCUCAAGUAGUUGCAGAUUUGGCCCCCAAUUGGUUUCCUUUUCUCAGAGUAUAGAUAUGUAGAGUUUAUAUAGCCUUCAGCGUUUAUAUUAUAUAUUGUCCUAUUUUUGUUCCUUUUUGCUGAUAUUCAUGUAGACGCUGCAUUACUAUUCAGUAUCCAGUUUAUUUACAUCUCUGGCAGGUUAUUCUUUAAUGGGUAAUAAUAACAUAAAUCGAUUAUAGUUA